AUGGGCCUGUGCAGCAUGCUGGCGGUGUGCAUGACUGUGCUCUGUAUGCAGGCGGUCAGGGCCUUCCUGGCCGAGAUGGGCCUGACGCUGCCAGAGCUGCUGGCGCGCCCUGAUCUGCUGGACAAGCUUGCCGCAUACCACGUGGCGCCCCGCGUUCGUGCAAACUCGUCCGCCCUCGUGCGCGCCGCCGGGGGGCCGGGCGCAUAUGCGGUCUCGGGCGAUCCUCAUUACCUCCUGCGCUUCGCGGCGAGCGGCGGCGCGCGCGGCGGCGGCGGGGCAGUGCUCGUGAGGGACUCGCAGGGCGGCGCGGCGCGUGUCGUGGGGCCGGACCUGGACGCGGGGGCUAGUGUCGUCCAUGGCAUCGACAGGGUGCUGCUCAGCGGGGAGUACUUCCCAACGCUCAAGUCAUUCUUCGCUUACUACGGUGUGAACUUCACGGCGCUCGCCCGCGCCCUGAACGCCAGCGGCGCUGGGAAGGACCUAUCGGCACGCAACUGGACGGGCACGCUAUUUGCGCCCACCGACGGCGCGUUCGCAGCAGCUUCCAAGCAGCUGCUGUCUGGGGGUGCAGCUGCCCAGAAGCUGCGCGCUGUGGUGCAGUACCACCAGCUGCCGGCCAUCACGCUCUACCCCAGCGGCUUUGUCAGCGGCAGGGCCGUGCCGACGCGGCUGGCGGGCCACAAGCUGGCCGUCAAGUACACGAGGACCAACCAGACCGUCGGAAGGUCAACAGUCACGAUCCUGGAGGGCACUGUGAUCCCGGAGGCCGGCUCCCCCAGCAAGCCCGCGCGCAUCGGCCUCCCAAACGUUUACGUGGCCCGCGGCGUUGUGCAUGGGAUUGACGGGGCCCUCCUACCCGCGCCGGAGGCCAAGCCCGCGGGGCCGCCGUCCACGCCCCCAGCAGCCGCCCGCGCCGCCGGCCGCCGGCUGCUGCGCGGCGGCGACGGCGGGCGCGGCGGGGGCGGCGGCUACAGCGGCGCGGGGGGCUACCGCCCAACCGGCGGCAGCUAUGGCGACGGCGGCGGGGGGCGGACGUUUGACAACCGGCCGGUUGACCGCUCCGUGACAGUCAACAACAACGAACCCGCGCCUGUGGUUGCUGCUCCCGUUCGCGGCGUCGGAUACACCGAUGCAGCGCUGGCGGGCGCCGCGGUGGGCGCGGCGGACGCGGAUGCGUACAACGCGGCGGCUGACAGCAGCGAGCAGAGUGACUACCAGCCGCCCAGCUACGCCGCGGCCGACGCGACCGCGCCGCUGGCGGUGGCGCCGCCGGUGCAGGGCACGGUCGCGGGCAGUGACACCGGUGGUGGCGGCGGCGGCGGCGGCGGCGGCGGCGGCGGGCAGGGCGAAGGCACUGUCUGCAACAACUGCUGCAUCAACUGCCAAGUCAGCGGUGGGGCCGGCGGCGGCGGCUACACCCAGCAGCAGGCCGCGCCGCCCUUGCCGCCCGCGGCUCCGCCGGCGGCACCGCAGGAUCCCUACGAGGAUGAGAACGGCUCCCUGUAG